UAUUACCCUCCAUUUCAAGUCACAACUUGCCCUGACCCUUUCUUUUCACCGUGCCGGUCUAAUCAUGCAACAUGAUUGUUAGUUUAAAGACUUUUUGAAUGUAUCAACUAGCACAUCUCAAAGUCUUCAAAUGAAUUUAAUGGACAUGGAGGCUUGUAACCAUGGAAAACCAUCAUAACACAACAAUGUUAAUAACGGUGCUCAGUUUCUUCUUCUACCUCAUUUCCAUGUUAUCUAUACAAGGCACCCUCUCUCUUACUCCAAAUGAGUCAAUCCAAGGCAACAAGACCAUGGUUUCAGCAUCUGGAACUUUUGAAGCAGGGUUCUUCAACGUUGGAAAUUCACAAGGCCAAUACUUUGGUAUAUGGUACAAGAACAUUUCACCAAGGACUAUUGUGUGGGUUGCCAACAGAGAUGCCCCAGUGAAAAGCUCAACAGCAUUUCUCACAGUAACAGAUCAAGGGGAUCCUGUUAUUCUUGAUGGAUCAAGGGUCACUGUGUGGUUCUCCAACUCAUCAAGAGUUUCUAAGAAACCAAUCAUGCAGCUUUUGGAUUCAGGAAACCUUGUUGUGAAAGAUGAAGAUAGUAGCAAAGGGAAAUUCUUGUGGGAAAGUUUUGAUUACCCUGGUGACACUUUCCUUGCAGGAAUGAAACUUAGGACAAACUUAGUCAGUGGUCCUAAUAGGUCUCUCACAUCAUGGAAAAACCAGGAAGAUCCUGGUUCUGGUGAGUUUUCAUAUCACAUAGAUGCUCAUGGCUUUCCUCAGCUGGUUACUACAAAGGGAAAAAGAUUGUUUAGCAGAGGAGGGUCAUGGAAUGGCUUUGUUUUUGGUGGAGUUUCGUGGCGAAGGAUGCUUAGACUCUUCAAUUUUACUCUAGUGGUUAAUGACAGGGAAGUUAUUUACCACUAUGAAAACUUGAAUGAUGACACUGUUAGUAGGUUAGUGCUCAAUCCAUCAGGCUUUGCACAACGUUUGAUAUGGUCUCAGAACCGUGGUUGGGAGGCUAUAUCUACUCGUCCCGCGGAUCAGUGUGAUUAUUAUGCCUUUUGUGAUGUCAAUUCUGUGUGUAAUAUUACUAAUUCUCCAAAAUUAUGUGCAUGCUUGGAAGGUUUUGUACCCAAAUUCCAUGAGAAGUGGAGUUCAUUAGAUUGGUCUGGUGGGUGUGUUAGAAGAGUAAACUUGAGUUGUGGUGGUGAUAAGUUUCGGAAGUACACGGGAAUGAAGUUCCCAGACACUUCUUCUUCUAGGUAUUCCAAUGACUUGAGCCUUGAGAAUUGUAAGAAAUUGUGUUUGGAAAACUGCUCUUGUACAGCGUAUGCAAAUAUAGAUGUCAAUGGGAGAGGGUGCUUGCUUUGGUUUGAUAACAUUGUGGAUAUGACCAAACACACAGACCAAGGACAAGAUAUUUACAUAAGACUUGCAGCUUCAGAGUUUGAUCAUAGAGGGAAUAACCAGAGCUUUGAUAACAAGAAGCUUGCAGGGAUACUAGUAGGCGUUGUAGCAUUCAUCUUGGUACUUGGAUUGGCCACAAUCACAUAUAUAAAGAGGAAGAAGCUCGCAGAGGGAGGGAUACUAAAAAUAUUUCACCAGAAGUACAAAAGGGAUAAGGAAGACGUGGAGUUAGCAACAAUAUUUGAUUUUUCAACCAUCUCUAAUGCCACAAAUAAUUUUUCAGACAGUAACAAGUUAGGAGAAGGUGGCUUUGGACCAGUAUACAAGGGUGUAUUGAAAGAUGGACAAGAGAUUGCGGUCAAGAGACUUGCAAAAACUUCUGAACAAGGAGCAGAGCAGUUCAAAAAUGAAGUGAUGUUGAUGGCAAAACUUCAACACCGAAAUCUUGUGAAACUUCUCGGUUGUUCUAUUCACCCAAAAGAAAAGCUAUUGAUCUACGAAUACAUGUCCAACAGAAGCUUGGAUUACUUUAUUUUUGAUUCAACUCAAAGUAUACAACUAGAUCUCACAAAACGCCUCCAAAUUAUUGAUGGUAUUGCUCGAGGGCUACUCUAUCUUCAUCAAGACUCUAGAUUAAGAAUUAUCCACAGAGAUCUCAAAGCUAGCAACAUUCUUCUAGAUAAUGAUAUGAAUGCAAAGAUAUCAGAUUUUGGUUUGGCAAGAACAUUUGGAGGGGAUCAAGCUGAGGCCAAUACAAAUAGAGUGAUGGGAACAUAUGGUUAUAUGCCUCCUGAAUAUGCGCUGCAUGGAACCUUUUCAAUCAAAUCUGAUGUAUUUAGCUUUGGUGUAAUUGUACUAGAGAUACUUAGUGGGAGAAAGAAUCGGAAUUUUCAUGACUCUCAACAUCAUCUUAAUCUUCUUAGUCAUGCAUGGAGAUUGUGGAUUGAAGAAAAACCACUUGAGCUAAUAGAUGACCUAUUAGAUGAUCCAGCCACUCCACAAGAAAUACUGAGAUGUAUUCAUGUGGGUCUAUUAUGUGUGCAACAAACUCCAGAAAAUAGACCCAACAUGUCAUCUGUGGUUCUAAUGUUGAAUGGUGAAAAGUUGUUGCCUGACCCAACCCCACCUGGGUUCUACACAGGAACAGAUCAACAUCCACUUCAGGUAGAAUCUUCUACAAGAAGUUGUGGAGCCUGUUCACAAAAUGAUGCUACAGUGUCCUUGUUAGAGGCACGAUAGAAUAACUCAUUUUUAUAGGAAUUAUGUUGAUACAGAAAUUAGGGGUCCGUUUGGAAAAAAAUAUUUGAAAAAGAACUCGUGUAAGUAAUUGAAAGAACUUAUGAAAAUAACUUAUAAAGUUAGAAUA